AUGUUUCCUGAUUGUUGCGUCUUGAUAUGUCGCAUCAUAACAUAUCUAUUGUAUUUAUAUAUUAAUUUUUACAUUUCUAUCUAUCUAUCUAUCUAUCUAUCUAUCUAUCUAUCUAUCUAUCUAUCUAUCUAUCUAUCUAUCUGUAUAUACUUCUCUCUCUGUCUGCUCAUAUCUAUCUAUCUACCUAUCUAUCUCGUGAACAGUUCGGCGUGGAGUAAUGUCUAUCUAUUCCCUUUUUCACUCGACUUCGUUCUUCUAACUCCGAGGAAAAUUAGUUCCACAUCUCCUACGUCCAGAGGACAAAACGGGCUUUACUGGCUGACUAAAGUCGCUCUCUCCUUAGUAAUUAGACGUUUUCUUCUGGCCAACUUUUCUUCUCUCUCUCUCUCUCUCUCUCUCUCUCACUUUCUGAAUACUCUAAGUCUAUCCCUCUUUAUAUCUUCGACUGGUAUCGGCCUAUCUUUUCAUUCUAUCUGUAAACAUUCCUGUGUUACUCCAGUACUUCUCCAUUUUUAUUUCUCUUUUCUCACAGGCGAUUUCUAUCGUCCUUCACGGCUUGGCGAGGCUAUCAACCCGAUCCCAUCCAGCUCACCAUCAGCUUACGUAAGAAUAAAAUCAGAAGGCUUCAAUCCCCUUCUACUCACUUCAAGUUCCUUUAAUGUCUCAAAUUUCAUCAUCGACACUGCCGCCUCUGUGUCUAUCAGGGUUUUCGCCUUACUCUCCUCUCCUAUCAAUGUACUCACCAGCUCCGUUUUCUUCUUGACUUCCUCUUGUACUUUCCACUUCCACUUGUCUGCCUCGGCUCUCUUUGAGUCAGGUGGUCUUCUUUCACCAUCUCUCUCUAUUCCCUUCGUUUUUUCCUUCAACCUUCUUUUGUUUAUCCUUCCUUCUAUCUUGCGUAUCUUUCGGUCUAUCCGUUUUUUUUCUCUAUUUUUAAUCCUCUUACUCUAG